AUGGCGCAUCCAGACGAGCGUGAAAUCACCAGCUACGAACAGUCUAUGCCCGACGAGGACCUAGACUACGAUCAGUCACCGAUUAUAUCAAACGAGCGUGAAUUCCCCAGUGCCGAGGAACAGGAUACAGACCACGAUGCUGAGCCGAUACGAUUCCACUGCAUCUCAAAACCCACGGCCAAGAGCGGAUCCGAUUCUACUGUGAAUUUCCAGACUGUGGACAGUCUUAUGGCUCCAAAUCUGCUCUGUCUCAGCAUGUCCAGACAAUCCACAAUCCAGAGCCGAUACGAUUCCACUGUGAAUUUCCUAAUUGUGGACGGUCUUAUGUACAGAGGUGUACUCUUCUCAAGCAUAUCAAAACCCACGGCCAAGAGCGGAUCCGAUUCUACUGUGAAUUUCCAGACUGUGGACGGUCUUACUACUCCAAAUUUACUCUGUCUCAGCAUGUCCAGACAACUCACAAUCCAGAGCCGAUACGAUUCCACUGUGAAUUUCCUGAUUGUGGACGGUCUUUCGUACAGAAGUCUGCUCUCACUGUACAUCUCAAAACCCACAGUCCAGAGCCGAUACGAUUCCACUGUGAAUUUCCUGAUUGUGGACGAGGCGAUACGAUUCCACUGUGAAUUUCCUAAUUGUGAACGGUCUUACAUACAGAAGAGUUCUCUCGCUAAGCAUCUCAAAACCCACAAUCCAGAGGCGAUACGAUUCCACUGUGAAUUUCCUGAUUGUGAACGGUCUUACACACAGAAGAGUGAUCUCACUAAGCAUCUCAAAAUCCACAAUCCAGAGCGGAUACGAUUCCACUGUGAAUUUCCUAAUUGUGAACGGUCUUACACACAGAAGAGUCAUCUUGCUAGGCAUCUCAAAACCCACGACGAAGAGCGAGGUGACUUUCCUGUAUUAGAAGAAAAUUCAAGAAUCCCAAUCGACCCGACUCUUCUUGGGGUGGACAAGAACCUGAAAACCUUCCUUAUGACACCAGGUAUCCUAGCGGACAGCAGCCCACUGCUAGGGCCAUUGACACUCUUCGUUGCCCGGGCGUCGUCGGGAAAUCACAGUCAAACAACUCAACGACUGGAACGUUCCCUGGCUGAAUUGGAGGCAAAAUGGAUCAGUCAUCACGGUCCCAUACAGGGAAGCUCACGAUAUCUUACCAUGAUAACAUCAUCAAACGCGAUCCCAACCCAGAGAACAUUGUAUAUCCAAUCAAUAAAAGCCGCGCUAUCGCUGCUGACGGUGAAAGGCGUCACAAUUGUUUUUACUGGGCAUGACGGCCUUUUCACAUCACAAGAGGGAAACCGGGAAUUCCUCCGUCACUUCAACGCGACGACCGACCUCGAGAUUUUCUAUCUUGAGAAGGAAAGCAAUGAAUUUCAUCAACUGUGCCCUAAGGUGAUGAAAGGAUCAAGCAACUGGGAUUCCCCAUAUAGUGAUCUAACCACUGAAUGGGUUGAAAGGGCCAACCAAAUCGGCCAGAUCAAGCGUGAUCUGGCAGUCACGACACAGGCUCUAUCAGAUGCAGCGGGAAGGAGGAAUAAGUCCAAGAAGCGAAAGAGACAAUAA